UCAUGUGCAUAUAUAUGGAGGGAAAGAAGCCAGGGGUCAUCCGGUCAUAGAAUGAUUUGUUGCUCUGCAGGCUCCUGACCAGUGCACAUGCUCACCGCACAUCAGCUGGGCAGGUGGUGCCUGGCCCCUGUUCAAAAUCAUCAUGGGCUUUCCUGGUCCAUCCACUAAAACCCAAAGUCCUUACCAUGGCUUACGGGCCCUACGUGAUCUGUCCUGGCCGACCUCAUCUCCCACCGCUCUUCAUUAUACCCACUAACCCUCCGACCCCUCCCUGUUCCUUGGGUGCAUCCAGGCUCAUUCCAGCCUCAGGACUUUAUCCUUGCAGUGUCUUCUGUCUGGAACACGGUCCAUUCAGCUCUUGAUUUUCAUGACUUGGCCCAAAUCUCCCCCUCUGGAUGGAGGCCUGCCUGCCCUCCUCCCACUGACACACUCGUGUCUCUGCCCUGCUUGUGCACACUGCUGGGCACACAGGAGGAGCUCAGGAGAUGGUGUGGGUGACCUAGUCCCCAUCCCUUGCUGGCUACCCCUCUCCUCUACUCUCACCCAGUUCUUGUCAUCUCGCUGAGCCCUUCUGCACUGGGCUGCCGUCCCUGUCUCCCUGAAGAUCUCUGUCUCCCUGCUAGGGCCGGACCUCAGUUCGCGGGGCUAGCUCACACACAGUCAGCCAUCCCUCAGUCCUUGGGUUCUUCCUAAAGGCCCAGCUCUGGGACCACGGCCGACUGGACAGAGCCCAAGACAGGGGCUACUGAGGUCCUGCCAAGCUGCAGAAGACUCUGGGCCAGAGAGACUCUGCCUGAGUCCUGGAUCUGGAGCUGGAGGGCUGGGGUGUGCCUCCUGCCACUGCUGACUGACAGUUGACAAGCCUCUGCCACCUAGAGUCUCCCAGGAUCACAUGGGGACAUCAAGCUGUUAUUCUCCCACCGGCCACCCUGUGGCUUGGUCAAGGCAUCAGGAUGUGGAGCUGGGUCCAGAGGGUGCUGCCUCAGCCCCCAGGGACCCCCCAGAAGACAAAGAUGGAGGAGGAGGAGGAGGAGGGGGCAGAACCAGAACCGGAGGCGGAGCUGGAACCAGAGCCGGCGCCUAAAACAGCCCCGAAGGAGGCCGAGCUAGGGGACGAAUCCCUGCCACCGGAGGAGCCAUUUGAGGGGGAGGAAGUGGCUGCAGCUGAGCCAGGCCCUCAGGAAACCCAGGAGGCUGCCCCUACUCCACCCACAUCCCUCCAAGCCCAGGUUGCUGUGGUUCCCGAAGUGAACAGCACUCCCAGUGGCUGGGUGCUGACCUGGCUCAAGAAAGGCAUGGAGAAAGUUGUCCCACAGCCGGUCCUCAGCAGUGGGCCAGCCCAGACCACUGCUGCUGGCUUCGAAGGCCCCACCCAGGCAGGAGCACAGAUCCCUGGGCAAUGCAGCAAUGGGAGCUCAGAUGGACUCGAUGUGGCCCCUGGGGCCCAGGACACUGGGCCUGGGCCCUGGCUGCUCAGGUGGCUUGAGCAGAAUCUGGAGAAAGUGCUGCCUCAGCCCCCCCAAAGCUCCAAGGCCUGGGGAGAUGAGCCUGCAGAUGCUGCCUUGGGCCCAGACUCCUGCUCUGCCUGCUGCUUAGAGCCCCCAGGACCCCCUUUGGAAAGGGAGCCCAUGCUGCAGGCCCCGGAGAGCCCCAACAUGCCCACUGCUGGCCCCCUGGAGCCCAAGGAAGAGCCAACUUCAGAGCCCCAGGCCACCUUCCAUGCUUCCUCCUUGCCACCUGCUGGGGACCCUGCCAGGUUGAUGGCUUGGCUCCGGCACAGGCUGGAGAUGGCCCUGCCGCAACCCGUGCUCCAUGGGAAGGCUGGUGAGCAGGAACCUGAUUCCCCUGUGGCGUGUGACGUGCAGACCGUCUGCAUCCUCCCUGGAGGCCAAGAGGAGCCCGAUCUCGUCCUAGAAGAAGUUGACCCUCACUGGGAGGAGGACGAGUAUCAGGACCGGGGCACCAGUCCGCAGGGCUCAGAGGCGGCUCCAGCUUAUGAAGAGGAGAAUGAGGCCAUGGAGGAGAUGCCCAGGGAGCUGCCCCAGAUUCAAGAGGAGAGAGAAGAUGAGGAGGAAGAUGGAGAGGAGGAGGAAGAAGAGGAGGAGGAGGAGCCUAACGUCCUGCUGGAUAGCUGUCUGGUGGCACAGGCUGGCGAGCACCCGAGCGGAGUAGGCAGGACCCAGCCCCAGGAGGCCGCCCACCAGGAGCCACAGGAGGAGGCCGUGGCUGCCAGCCCAGAAGUGCCUGCUACAGAAGAGCACCCGGAAGUGCAGGUGGAAGAUGCCGAUGCUGACGGCCACCCCAUCAUCUUGGAGAACCCUCCCUCACCCGAGCUGCCGCCACCUUCUCCUGCCAAAUCAGACACCCUUACAGUCCCGGGAUCUGCCGCAGGGACCCAAAGGAAGAGGCUGCCCUCCCAGGAUGAUGAGGCUGAAGAGCUCAAGGCACUAUCGCCAGCUGAGUCUCCCAUGGUCGCCUGGUCAGACCCGUCCAGCCCGCAGGGCACCGAUGGCCAGGACCGCGCAACCUCCACGGCCAGCCAGAACAGCGCCAUCAUCAACGACCGGCUCCAGGAGCUGGUGAAGCUUUUCAAGGAGCGGACAGAGAAAGUGAAGGAGAAGCUCAUCGACCCCGAUGUCACGUCUGAUGAGGAGAGCCCCAAGCCCUCUCCAGCCAAGAAAGCCCCAGAGUCGGCCCCGGCGGUAAAACCCACCGAAGCGGGACAGGCGGAGGAAGAGGAACACUAUUGUGACAUGCUCUGCUGCAAGUUCAAGCGCCGCCCCUGGAGGAUGUACAAGUUUCCCCAGAGCAUUGACCCGCUGACCAACCUGAUGUACAUCCUGUGGCUGUUCUUCGUGGUGCUGGCGUGGAAUUGGAACUGCUGGCUGAUUCCCGUGCGCUGGGCCUUCCCCUACCAGACGCCAAACAACAUCCACCUCUGGUUGGCGAUGGAUUAUCUGUGUGACCUCAUCUACUUCCUGGACAUCACCGUGUUCCAGCUGCGCCUGCAGUUUGUCAGAGGGGGAGACAUCAUUACGGACAAGAAGGAGAUGCGCAAUAACUACCUGAAAUCUCGUCGCUUUAAGAUGGACAUGCUCUGCCUCCUGCCCUUGGACUUUCUCUACUUGAAGUUCGGUGUGAAUUCCCUCCUGCGCUUGCCCCGCUGUUUGAAGUACAUGGCCUUCUUCGAGUUUAACAGCCGCCUGGAAUCCAUCCUCAGCAAAGCCUACAUUUACAGGGUGAUCAGGACUACGGCUUACCUGCUCUACAGUCUGCAUUUGAACUCAUGUCUGUAUUACUGGGCGUCAGCCUUUCAGGGCAUCGGCUCCACUCACUGGGUUUACGAUGGCGUGGGAAACGGCUACAUUCGCUGUUACUACUGGGCUGUGAAGACCCUCAUCACCAUUGGCGGGCUGCCCGACCCCAAGACACUCUUCGAAAUUAUCUUCCAGGGGCUGAACUAUUUCACCGGUGUCUUUGCUUUCUCUGUGAUGAUCGGACAGAUGAGAGACGUGGUGGGGGCCGCCACUGCAGGGCAGACCUACUACCGCAGCUGCAUGGACAGCACAGUGAAGUACAUGAACUUCUACAAGAUCCCCAGGUCCGUACAGAACCGUGUCAAGACCUGGUACGAAUACACCUGGCAGUCCCAAGGCAUGCUGGAUGAGUCAGAACUGAUGGUGCAGCUUCCGGACAAGAUGCGGUUAGACCUCGCCAUCGAUGUGAACUAUGACAUUGUCAGUAAAGUGGCUCUCUUCCAGGGCUGUGACCGACAGUUGAUCUUUGACAUGCUGAAGAGGCUUCGUUCUGUCGUCUACCUGCCCAAUGACUAUGUGUGCAAGAAGGGGGAGAUAGGCCGAGAGAUGUACAUCAUCCAGGCAGGACAGGUGCAGGUCUUGGGUGGCCCUGAUGGGAAGGCCGUGCUGGUGACGCUGAAGGCUGGAUCUGUGUUUGGAGAAAUAAGCUUGCUGGCUGUUGGUGGCGGGAAUCGUCGCACCGCCAAUGUGGUCGCCCACGGGUUCACCAACCUCUUCAUUCUGGAUAAGAAGGACCUGAAUGAAAUUUUGGUGCAUUAUCCCGAGUCUCAGAAGUUACUCCGGAAGAAGGCCAGGCGCAUGCUAAGAAAUAACAACAAGCCCAAGGAGAAGAGCGUGUUCAUCCUUCCUCCCCGGGCAGGCACCCCCAAGCUGUUCAACGCCGCCCUGGCCGUAGCAGGAAAGAUGGGUGCCAAGGGGGCAAAAGCCGGCAAGCUUGCCCACCUGAGGGCCCGGCUCAAGGAACUGGCUGCGCUGGAGGCGGCAGCGAGGCAGCAGCAGUUGCUGGAACAGGCCAAGAGCUCUCAAGACACUGCGGGAGAGGCGGGAUCCGCCGCCCCAGACCAGCCAGCACCGCCAGAGCCCCCAGCCCGCCGCUCUCCGCCACCUGCCUCCCCUGAGAGGCCCGAGGAAGGCAGGGAGGGGGCGGCAGGGCCGGAGGAGCACUCGGUGCAGAUCUGCAUGAGCCCAGGCCCAGAUCCCGGUGAACAGAUCCUGUUGGUGGAGAUCCCGGAGGAGAAGGAGAUCCCCGAGGAGGAGGAGAUCCCGGAGGAGAAGGAGAUCCCGGAGGAGAAGAAGGAGAUCCCGGAGGAGAAGAAGGAGAUCCCGGAGGAGAAGGAGAUCCCCGAGGAGGAGGAGAUCCCGGAGGAGAAGGAGAUCCCGGAGGAGAAGGAGAUCCCCGAGGAGGAGGAGAUCCCGGAGGAGAAGGAGAUCCCCGAGGAGGAGGAGAUCCCGGAGGAGAAGAAGGAGAUCCCGGAGGAGAAGAAGGAGAUCCCGGAGGAGAAGGAGAUCCCCGAGGAGGAGGAGAUCCCGGAGGAGAAGAAGGAGAUCCCGGAGGAGAAGAAGGAGAUCCCGGAGGAGAAGGAGAUCCCGGAGGAGAAGGAGAUCCCCGAGGAGGAGGAGAUCCCGGAGGAGAAGAAGGAGAUCCCCGAGGAGAAGAAGGAGAUCCCGGAGGAGAAGGAGAUCCCCGAGGAGGAGGAGAUCCCGGAGGAGAAGGAGAUCCCCGAGGAGGAGGAGAUCCCGGAGGAGAAGAAGGAGAUCCCGGAGGAGAAGAAGGAGAUCCCGGAGGAGAAGGAGAUCCCCGAGGAGGAGGAGAUCCCGGAGGAGAAGAAGGAGAUCCCCGAGGAGAAGGAGAUCCCAGAGGAGAAGCAGGAGGCCGAGUGAGGCUGCCGCCAGCGAGCCACUUCCGGCAGGUGCAGGCCCGUCCCGAGCAACGCGCCCCUCUCCUACAGGCCCAGACUCCCGGACUCAGUAGCGUCUGUCAUUCUGGCCCAGCGGGCUUCUGCCAAGGCUGGUUUUGAAGUCAACAAAUGUCGUUAGUGUCCCUGAGUUCCCACCAUCACCUGAGAACCCUACCUCUUCCGACUGUUAUUUUUAAAAACAAAAUUCUUUUCUAUUUAAAAAGUUUGUGGGGAAAGGCUAGACAGAAUGGGACUCCAACCCUCCGGGAAGCUUUGUUGGAGACUAAAGGGUUAGUGAAUGUUUGGGUUUCAACCUCCCACAUUUCAAGGAUAGAAAACCUGCCAGCAGGUGGGAAGCCUGGCUGGCUCAGUGGGUAGAACAUGGGACUCUUGAUCUCAAGGUUGUGAGUUCAAGCCCCACAUUAGGUGUAGAGAUUAAAACAAACACAGCUUGUCAGCAGAAGGGUAGUUAUGCUCUGCUGCUCAUUUGACUAAAUGGGAACUAUGGCUCACCUGACGACCUGAUUAGGGACAUGAUGCCCAUUAGGGUAGUUAAGCAUGGAUCUGUUCCCGGGUUGCAUUCAGUUCUGAGUCUGAUGCCAUCACCUAGUUCUGGUCUGCAGGGAUUCAUGCUUGCUUACUUUAACACCCUUGCCAUAGAGAUGAUGGUGGCAACUUCCAUUAAUCCUAGAAGACAAAAUUACAGCUGACACCACUGAAGUUCCUGAUGCUUCCCCAGAUCAAGUCAAGUCAUGUUGCUUUAAUGAUUCAAAAUAAAAGGAGGGGAGGUGGGAUGGGGAGGAGUCCUCAGUCACUGAAUAUUGGGAGGAUUUCAUUUGCAUAUCUAAUGGCUCACGGGGGAGUGGGUGAUUAAACACAAAAACCCGUCCUGGGCCAUUUGUUUCCACCAGCAACAAUGAACACAAAAAGCCCCGGAAUUCCAAUAGGUACUGCCCAUUUUAUAUAAAAUUGCAGGACAUUGUGAACUGCUGAAGAGGCCUUUGAGGGCUUACAAAUGUGUGUAUUUGUCUAUCGGACUAAAACCAGAACAUUCAUUUCCCCUGUGAAAAAAAUGAAACAAUAUGGGAGUUCUCAGCCUGGUCUAAACACUUCCAAAUCCCAGGGUAACAAACAGAUUUCUCUAGUUGAUGACAUACCAUGUGAUCUGAGUAAUCACAUUGCAUAUAGUGAUGAGCAGCAUUAUUUUAGCCUUUUAAAAAGCUUUUAUUAAUUUAUUUUAAUAAAUUUCUAUGGGUAUGAAAGGCUACCCAGUUAAAAUGAUCCCUCCUACCCCUGGUGCCCAACCUCCCUGGUCCCCUUCCUGGAAGCAACCACUAUUAUCAAUUUCUCGUGCUCUUCCUUUUUUUUUUUUUUUCUUUCACAAAUAAUAACAUACUAGAGCUGCUGUUGUUUUUCAUUUGAUUUAUUCUGAAGAUUCUUCUUACUAUAUAGAGGGGAUGUUUAUUUUUCAUGCCUACAAUCUAGUCCAUUGUCUGCAAGUAUCAUAGCAUUUAACGGCUCUCCAAUUGACAGGCAUUUGCCAUGUUUUCAAUCAUGCUGUUAAGAAAUAGUGCUUCAAUUAAAAAAAAUCAUAUACAUAACUUCA